AUGGGUCAAUCAAGGCGGCCGUUUAAAAACAGAGAAGAGAAAAGAAGCAGAGGCUUCGGGCGAUCAAGGCAUGAUGAAGGGGGCGGCGGAAAGCCCCAGGUCAAGAAGGCCGUAUUCGAAAGCACCAAGAAAAGGGAAAUUGGCGUAUCCGACCUGACACUGCUGAGCAAGGUGUCUAACGAGGCCAUUAACGAGAACUUAAAGAAACGAUUUGAGCAUGGGGAGAUUUAUACGUAUAUCGGCCAUGUUCUAGUGUCUGUGAAUCCAUUUCGUGACCUCGGUAUCUACACCGACAAGGUCCUAGAGAGCUACCGGGGGAAGAAUCGGUUGGAAGUCCCGCCCCACGUUUUCGCAGUAGCUGAAGCCGGAUACUACAAUAUGAAAGCAUAUAAGGAAAACCAGUGUGUUAUUAUAUCUGGGGAAUCUGGGGCGGGAAAGACGGAGGCAGCCAAGCGGCUGAUGCAAUACAUCGCCAAUGUGUCCGGCGGCACCGAUUCUUCGAUCCAACACACAAAGGACAUGGUACUCGCAACAAACCCGCUUCUCGAAUCUUUUGGGAAUGCGAAGACGUUGCGAAACAACAACUCUUCGCGUUUUGGGAAAUAUUUAGAGCUUCAGUUCAACUCUGUUGGCGAGCCAGUUGGUGCUACCAUCACCAACUACCUUCUUGAGAAAUCUAGAGUCGUCGGACAGAUUAAAAACGAGCGAAAUUUCCAUAUAUUUUAUCAGUUCACAAAAGCCGCUUCACAGACUUAUAGAGAUACUUUUGGCAUUCAGCAACCUCAAUCUUAUCUUUACACAAGUCGAUCGCAGUGCUUUGAUGUUCCCGGAAUCGAUGACACUGCAGAUUUCAAUGAAACCUUAGAAGCAAUGAAGAUCAUUGGUCUGCCACAAGCUGAACAAGACAAUAUCUUCCGCACUCUAUCCGCGGUAUUAUGGCUUGGAAAUAUGCAAUUUCAAGAGGAUGACCACUCAAACGCGUCAAUCACGGAUCAAUCUGUUAUUGAUUUUGUUGCUUAUCUUCUGGAGGUGGACGCAGGACGAGUAAAAAAUGCACUUACCCAAAGAGUUGUCGAAACCGCACGGGGCGGCCGCCGUGGCUCGGUAUACGAGGUCCCUCUCAAUACUGUCCAGGCAACUGCAGUUCGAGAUGCUCUCGCGAAAGCGCUAUAUUUUAACUUAUUUGAUUGGAUUGUUCAGAGAGUGAAUGCGUCCUUAAACGCAAAGGGGGCAAUCACAAACACUAUCGGUAUUCUAGAUAUUUAUGGCUUCGAGAUUUUUGAGCGAAACUCCUUCGAGCAGUUGUGCAUCAACUACGUUAACGAAAAGUUGCAACAAAUAUUUAUUCAGCUAACCCUGAAAACGGAGCAAGAGGAAUAUGAAAGAGAACAGAUUAAGUGGACACCAAUCAAAUAUUUUGACAACAAAGUUGUUUGCCAGCUCAUCGAAGAUAAGAGGCCUCCAGGGGUUUUCGCGGCGUUGAAUGACGCCUGCGCAACAGCACAUGCCGAUUCUGGGGCCGCAGAUCAAACGUUUGUUGGAAGAUUGAACUUUUUGUCUCAAAACCCUAACUUUGAGUCUCGACAAGGCCAAUUUAUUGUUAAACAUUAUGCCGGCGACGUCGCCUACGCGAUUGAGGGAAUGACGGACAAGAAUAAAGAUCAACUACUCAAGGACUUGUUAAACCUCGUCAACUCGAGCUCUAAUAGCUUCUUGCAUACCCUUUUCCCUAACCAAGUGAAUCAGGACGAUAAACGACGUCCGCCUACAGCAGGAGACAAGAUUAAAGCAUCUGCUAACGAUCUAGUUACAACUUUAGCCAAAGCCCAACCAUCUUACAUUCGAACAAUUAAACCAAACGAUAACAAAUCGCCUUCCGAGUACAAUGUUGGAAAUGUUAUUCAUCAGAUCAAAUACCUCGGUUUACAGGAAAACGUUAGGAUUCGAAGAGCAGGUUUCGCUUACCGCCAAACUUUUGAAAAGUUUGUGGAACGAUUUUAUCUCCUUUCGCCAAAGACGUCCUAUGCAGGCGAGUACACAUGGACCGGCGAUUCGCAAUCCGGCGCCCGCCAAAUUUUAAAGGAUACUAGCAUCCCUUCCGAGGAAUACCAGAUGGGUGUCACUAAAGCAUUUAUCAAAACACCCGAAACCCUCUUUGCUUUGGAGCAUAUGCGAGACCGCUACUGGCACAACAUGGCGACUAGGAUUCAGCGUGCCUGGCGCAAUUAUCUUCGAUAUCGUACGGAGUGUGCCAUUCGCAUACAACGAUUCUGGAGAAGGGUGACUGGUGGUCUUCAAUAUAUCAAGCUUCGUGACCAAGGACACAAAGUAUUGGGUGGUAGAAAAGAACGUCGAAGGUACAGUCUAGUCGGAUCAAGAAGGUUUUUGGGUGACUAUCUCGGCAUUGGUAAUGUCGGAGGAAUGGGGGAUGUUAUUAAAAGCUCGAUUAACAUUGGAAGCGGUGAUACUGUUCUCUAUUCGUGCCGAUGUGAACUCUUGGUAACAAAAUUUGGUCGCUCAAGUAAACCAUCUCCCCGACUUUUAGUCCUAACGUCUCGCAACAUUUAUAUAGUUGUUCAAACAAUUGUCAACAAUCAACUUAGCAUAAUGGCAGAGCGGACCAUCCCAAUUGGCGCUAUCAAAUUUGUCAGCACCUCCAAUCUGAAAGAUGACUGGUUCUCCAUUGGAGUUGGUGCUCAGCAGGAGCCGGACCCUCUCCUAAACUGCAUUUUUAAGACGGAAUUCUUCACCUAUCUUACGAACGCACUGCGUGGUCAACUUCACCUCAAGUUUGGAGAUAGCAUCGAAUAUAACAAGAAGCCCGGAAAAUUGGCUGUUGUGAAAGCUAUGAAAGACCCCUCGGUUCCCCGCGACGAUGUGUAUAAGAGUGGCACAAUCCGCACUGGCCCCGGAGAACCAGCAGAUUCAGCCUCCAAGCCCACACCCAGGCCCAAACAGGUUGCUGGAAAACCAAUCACAAAAGGCAAGUUAUUACGACCUGGUGGACCGGGAGGCGGGCCUUCCAAACUUGCAUCGCGACCAAGACCUGCUGCCCUCCCAGAAAACCCCCGAGUUGCCAAAGAACCCAGCGGCGCACAAUUCAAGCCCGUAUCACAGCCCAUCGCUGCCGUUGCUGCAUCGCAUAAUAGAAAUAAUUCGGGCUCGCAGACUCGCCCUCCACCUCCACCUCCGCCCGCCCAGCCGCCUGCGCCAAAGAAGGACUCCGCCAAAGCCCUGUACGACUUCGAUAGUGGACGAUCAAAUGAGCUAUCCCUUAGGAAGGGAGAAGUCGUACAAGUUGUCACAAAGGAAACUAAUGGUUGGUGGUUGUGUAUGAAUACCGAGACCUCCGCCCAAGGAUGGGCUCCUGAAGCGUACCUUGAAAUUGUAGUUAUCAAAGCUCCCUCGCCGCCGCCUCCGCCACCUAGCCUUCCGCCGCAGCCAAAAGCAGCCGUAUCUAACAAUAUUCCCAAUGGCCCGUCCCGCGUCAACGGGGCGGCCGCUAAAGCGAAGCCAGCGCCUCCCGCUCCUCCCGCAAAGCGUCCGAAUAUGGCACGUAAAGUGAUACCGGCCGCGGCUCCUCGAGAUAGCGCUGUGAGCAUGAACUCGCACGAAACUCCAGAUGCCAGCGGCCGCGCGACCCCAAGUAGCAUGAACAGUACAAGCCUUGCGGGCGGGCUCGCGGAGGCUCUGAGAGCCAGGCAAAACGCCAUGCAAGGGAAAAACCGCGAUGAUGAUGAUUGGUAA